UCAGGUUAGCUUCUGCUAGCUUGACGCAGGUCUGUUGUGGCUGUACGGUGAAGUUGUUUAAAUUGCUUUUGCGUUUUUAGACGGCACAUUUUGAUGGAUGCCACUUUUCGUGUAUCUGCAGUGGACGCCCAAGAGCUCGGUUAAGAAUACAGGUGUAUGAGGGGGUUGACGGUGCCCUGUCCUGUGCCAAGCUGUCACUAUGGAUGAAGAAACCAUUGAGGCUGCUAUUGCCUCCUAUGGCGUGCAGCUGCAGCAGGUGGAGCUGGCCCUGUCGGCCGGCCUGGACCCCAGCCAGCAGGAGGACCUGCUCAAACUAAAGGAGGACCUUUGCCAGCUGAUAGAGCUCACCGAGGCCAGCCUGGUGUCUGUGAAAAAGAGCCGGCUGCUUGCCAGCCUAGAGGGCCACAACGGACUGCAGGCGAACAGCCCAGAUCCAGCAGCUGAGACCAACAACACAAAUGGCCUGGAUGCCGAGUUUGCUGCUUUUUACUCUGAACUGGGAGAGAGCUCUGGCAGUAGCUCCGAUAACAGAGAGAGGGACACAGAGGCAGAGGGAGGAGCAGGGGAUUGUGACGAGGAGGAGGACGAAGAAGAAGAAGAAGACGACUCGCUUAGUGGUACUAAAGUGAUGGCGCCUUACAGGACGACUUGGGGGACGUUGGAGUAUCAUAAUGCCAUGGUGGUGGGGUCAGAGCCACCAGAUGGAGAUGAGGCGCAAGUUAGGGUGCUGUACAUCUACCCUACGCAUAAGUCCAUGAAGCCCUGUCCAUUCUACCUGGAAGACAAAUGUCGAUUUCUGGAUAAUUGCAGGUUUUCUCAUGGUGAGGUGGUGUACGUGUCGGAGCUCCGAGCGUUCUCGGAGUGUGACCUCAGUAAUCUUGAAGAGGGUUCAUCCUGCCUGACUCGCCAUGAGGAUGGUAUUUGGUACCCAGCCAAAAUUACAGAAAUCGACUCUGGUUUCUACACGGUGAAGUUCGACUCACUGCUGAUGAAAGACGCUGUAGUCGAAGCUGACGCCGUUAUUCCGCCUUUGAGAGAAGACGACCCCAUCUCCUCUGAUUCAGAUCCAGAUGACACGGGAGAGGGAGAGGAUAUGGGAUAUGCCAAAGUUCUAGACGCUGUUGGGGACUCUGCAGAAACGCAAAACAGUGGCCACUUUGGUGGCUGGGAAGCACAUACCAGAGGGAUCGGAUCCAAACUUAUGCUCAAGAUGGGCUACGAAUACGGGAAAGGCUUAGGAAAAAUGCAGGAGGGUCGAGUAGAGCCGGUGAUGGCGGUAGUCCUGCCUAAAGGCAAGUCUCUGGACGAGUGCGCGCAGUUCACCCAGAGGCGCACCCAGAAGAAAACGGCCAAGGACGGAGCCCAGAGCGGCCGCCCGAAGCGGCGCAGGAAGCCCCGAGCCGCCACCAGAGGGAGCCACACCGUGUUUGACUUCCUGAACCGACAGCUAGGAGACAGGAGCUGUGAUGCUGCUGAAGGGGGAGCUGCUGCACCGCCGGCAGCAGCCGGCCUAGAGGCUUACAGGGGGGGGCAAACCACCAAGAGGAGCCUGAACGUGAAGCUGUUCCAGGCUGCUCAGAGGGUCUCCCAGACCGAGAGGGAGAUCCAGAAACUGAGCGACCUACUCAGUAAACAGGCUGGCAGGGAUGCAUCCAGAGUGAAGCAGCUGGAAGAGAAACUGUCCGCCGCCCGCCAGCUGCUGGCCCAGCAGAAAUCACAGGAACUUUCCAUCCAGAGAGAGCACAGGAAGGCUGACACGCACAAGAAAAUGACGGAGUUUUAACAUCACUUUUCUCAAAGACCUUGGACAAUAAAGGGAAGCGCCGCUCCCCUGAAACACGACUUUAGUCUGCAGAUGUAUUGGUUUUUUUUUGGGAUG